CCAGCUCGCCAAGUCACAGGCCCAGCACUUGCCAUAAUCAAAUCAUCCACCCAUCUCCCUCCCCUCACAUCCAGCCAGCCAGCCAGGCUUGUUGGGGAUCGUCCCCUCCACGUUCCCGUCCCGGCCCGAGCACAUGGCGCGCCAUUGAUAAGCUAGCUCUCUCUCGCCUCGGUUGACUCACCCGCUGUGCUGUACCUCUCCACCUGUGUUAUGGUUCGUCGGGUCGGUUGGCUGCUGGUGGCCACCCAUCGCAUGCACGGUCUGCGGCUCUGUGCUCCGAUCCUUCCUCCCUCAUCAUCGUCGAGGCGGUAGCUAGUAUAUAGCUGCGCCGCGUCGUCUUGUCUCAUGUGACUGGCUGAGCGAGAGGCGGACGUACGCGCGCGUGAUCGAUCCCACCGGGCAGUGGUCGCGGGGCCGCGCUUGGAUUGGAAAGGUCGAUCGGCGAUGGGGAAGGCGGGGCGGUGGCUCAAGAGCGUCCUGACGGGGAGGAAGGACGGCAGCGGCGGCAAGAAGGCGCCGCAGCAGCAGGACGGCGACGCCACCCCGCUGCCGGCGGCCAGCAGCCCCCGGGAGAAGAAGCGCUGGAGCUUCCGCCGGGCCGCGACGCCGGCGGCGGCGCAGCAGCAGCAUCAGGGGAAGCCCGCCGCCGCGCUCUCACCACUUUCGUCCCUGGACCCGGCGGCCGCGGUGCUCGCCGGCGUGACGGUGCCGGGGAGCGAGCAUGACGGGCUCGGCCAGAGCGACCACGCCGUUGCGAUGGCCGUGGCGGCGGCGGCAGCCGACGCCGCCGUGAUGGCUGCCGCGGAGGCGGUGGCCGCGAUGGCGCGUAUGUCGGCGGAGGAGGAGAGCGACGUGUUGGCGAUCUUCGCCGUCGAGGCGGCGGCCGCCGCCAGGAUCCAAGCCACAUUCAGAGGCUAUCUGGCGAGGAAGGCGCUGUGCGCGCUGCGCGGGCUGGUGAAGCUGCAGGCGCUGAUCCGGGGCCAGCUGGUGCGGCGGCAGGCCACCGCCACGCUCCGCCGCAUGCAGGCCCUCGUCGACGCGCAGUCCCGCCUGCGGGCGCAGCGCGCGCGCAUGGUCGAAGCCGACCAUGGCGCCGCCGCCGCCGCCGCCGCCGCCUACCAACGCCGGUCGCCGCAGCACCCCAGGCGCCGCAGCUCCUACGAGAUGGACCGGUCCGGCGAGGAGCACGUGAGGAUCGUGGAGGUGGACGCCGGCGACCCGGCGCGGCGCUGGCGGAGCAGCUGCUCGGCCGCGGCGACCGAGUCCAGGGAGCGGCGCCUCGCCGAGUACUACUGCUACGGCGGCGGCGGCGAGCAGUGCUCGCCCGCGCCGUCGUCCGCGGCAUUCGGCGCGGAGCUGAGCCCGCAGCGCGCGUACAGCGGCCACUUCGACGACGCGUUCGCGUUCGCCGACCACGCGGCGGCGGCGGCGGGGAGCAGCCCGCACGUGCCCCCGAGCUACAUGGCGAACACGGAGUCGUCCCGCGCCAAGGCCCGGUCCCAGAGCGCGCCGCGGCAGCGCACCGACGGCGCGGCGGCGGCGGCGGCGGCGCUGGAGCGGCAGCCGAGCCGGCGCCGCGGCGCGCCCAGGAAGACGAUGCAGCGGUCGUCGUCGCACAUCGGCGUGCCGGCGGCGGCCGGCGCGUGCGGCUACGGCUACGGCUACGGCUACGGCUACAGCUACGGUUACCAGCAGCAGCAGCAGAACCCCUGGGCGGGCGUGAGGCUGGACCGGUCGAGCGCGUCGCUGGUGGGCAGCGAGUGCGGGUCCACGAGCUCCGUGCUCACCGCCGCCACCGUCGGCUACUGCCGCUCCCUCGUCGGGUUCGAGGUGCAUAGGGGGCGCUACUGAAGCUGGUCGAGCAGCUUGCUGAAGGAGAUGCUGGUGUUCGAAGGCACCUUGCAAGAUGCUGAAGAAACUAAAAUCCAUCCGUUUCUGGUGUCUGCUGAUGGCUUCCAUGGGAUCAUCCUUAGCUCUAGCUGCAAGUUUUUUCUCUACCUAGCAAGCCAUGUGUAAUGUGAAUUCGAAAAAGUGAACAGCUAGCCUACCAGAAUCUUGCAAUUGCCAAACGUUUCAGAUCGACUGCAUCUGUCAGAUUCAUAUGGGAGAAGAGAGGCGAUCAGCCGAUCAGGGAAGGCAGCUAUUGGCCUCUUCUCGCAGCAAUGGCAGACGAACGAUCUGCGGCUCAUGUAACAGAGUUUCGUGAAUCCCUUCAAAAAAAAAACAAAAGAGUUUCGUGAGAGAUGAGGAA